AUGCAUUUGCGGCACCUACACAUCUCUUCUGACCUCUCGCAUGGCGACUGUUCUGGCUCUACCCUUCGUGCGGUAUGCGAGUUUCGUCUGCCCCGUGGACACCUGUCGGGCUGUCCGCCCGACUGGCUGGAUCUCGACGCCCGCUGCUACAUGCUGGUCACGGCACCGCUGGCCUUCCACGCGGCCGACCAGCACUGCCGCCAGCUGGCGAAGGGGUCCCGCCUGGGUCAGCCGACCGAGGAGGGCGUACACACCAUCCUGGCCGCGCACGCCGCACACACGGGCACCACCGGCCACGUCUGGGUCGGCGUGUACGACGAGGUCACCGACGGCAGCUGGCAGGCUUUGGACAGGAGGGCAUGGUACCUCGAGUGGGACGCGUCCGGCGCCCACCUGGGGCCAAGCCCGACCGCCAACUGCGCCAAGAUGGCCGUGCCGUCGGCCGUGGCGAGUGUCGCGUCGUGCGAGGAGCCUCUGCCGUUCGUGUGCCGACUGCCGAGGCGCGCUGCCUGA